AGCUUGGCUGUAUUAAAGCUAUGCAGGGGAUUUAGGUUAAUAUCUUCUGUAUUCCCGUCCUACAUUCUCAUAAUCUGUUGAAUCCUGUGCUGUAAAAAUUUGUUACAACUAUGACUUGCUAUUCCUUUUACGUUAAGUUUUUUUUCCCCAACUGGUUCUUCCAGAUAUACCUCAUUAGCGUUGUGAAUACACCUGGCUUCCUUUUUUGAAUCUACAAAAAGCAACAGGAAACUUGAGAUGGUAAAAAGGAGGAGACUUGUUGCGAUAGAGAUCAGUGAUUCAUUUGAGCGGGCUGAAGGGAACCAACCUUGAGUUUAUUAUCAGAUGCGUGUGAAGGAGAACAGCACAUGAUGGUUACAGCGUGUCCCGGGGAGAAGAGGCGAAGAAAGGGGAAUAGUGGUCACCACUUCAAGUCCAAGCCUGACCGUGAGGAUGGAGGCAAUCCACCCAUGACCUCCUUUGGGGUUGCCGUCCGAGGCCUUCCCCUGGCCUUGGCUUCCAUGACACAAGCCACCGCCUCAGACUCACGCUUCCACCCUAAAUGGCGGGCGAUCACUGUGGCGAUCCUGCUGGCUUUGGUGCUGAUGUUAUACCUGCACCGCACAGGAGAAGAAAGAGACACUGCCUCCGGAGGCUACCAACGCCACAGGUUUGCCGAUAUGAAAAUGCCCAGUGAGGGUGAGGAUGUCAUCUUCACAGACACCAACAGACAAACUGCUCGAAGCACACAACGCCAGCAGAGGAGGGAGCAACCGUACAACGACACUUACCCUUUAAGUCCGCCAGAGAAGACACAGCACGGCAUCCGCUACCGUAUCGCCGUGAUCGCUGAUCUGGACACGGCGUCGCGUAGCUCGAAAGACCAGACGUGGUUCAGCUACAUGAAAAGAGGUCACCUGACCAUUUCAGACAGCGCUGACAGACUGGAGGUGGAGUGGGAUGAUGAGACCGUCACACUGGAGAGUCACCUGGCUGAGAAGGGACGAGGUAUGGAGCUGUCUGAGCUGGUGGUGUUCAACGGUCACCUAUACAGUGUGGACGACCGCACGGGCGUGGUGUACAGGAUCGAAGGCAGCCAGGCCGUCCCCUGGGUUAUUCUGCCCGACGGGGAUGGCUCGGUCUCCAAAGGAUUCAAGGCUGAGUGGCUAGCAGUGAAAGAUGAGCACCUGUAUGUUGGCGGCCUGGGCAAAGAGUGGACCACGACCUCGGGGGAAGUAGUCAACAACCACCCGGAGUGGGUGAAAGUUGUCGGUCACCACGGCGAUGUGCAGCACGAGAACUGGGUGCCGUACUACAACGCCCUGCGGAGCGCAGCAGGGAUACAACCACCAGGCUACCUUAUCCAUGAAUCUGCGGCGUGGAGCGAGCGCCUCCAGCGCUGGUUCUUUCUCCCUCGGCGUGCCAGUCACGAGCACUACGAGGAGACUGCAGACGAGCGGCGGGCCACCAACCUCCUCCUGUACUGCCCCGCCGAGUUCAGCCAAAUAACGGUGCGGCACGUCGGCCCGCUGCACCCAACCCACGGCUUCUCCUCGUUCAAAUUUGUUCCGGACACGGACGAUCAGAUAAUUGUGGCCCUGAAAUCUGAGGAGGACGCCGGCCGGGUAGCCACCUACAUAACCGCUUUCACGCUUGACGGGCGGGUGCUGAUGCCCGAGACAAAGAUAGGGCAGGUGAAGUUUGAAGGACUAGAGUUUAUCUGACAAGAACGACCUGACAGGUCCUUAAAGGAGAUUAACAAACAGACUUUAUACUUGCAACACUCAUCUUCAGUCCUUCGUCUCACAUUCCCAUCUUGGUUUGUGCAAUAUGGGGUAGGACCCAAAAUGAUAUAUUUCAUGAUCAUAUAUUGUGAUUGAUAGCAACGGCAGAAGGUGUAAAUGGCAGGACCAUGCUGAACCAAGGGAGACAAAUCGGUAAUUGAGCAGCUGGUUUGGGUGCCAGACACACAAACAUCCACACCUUUUAAAAUGAGGAACUACCGAUAUUCCAAAGGAGUCUGGGUAAGAUUACUAUCAAUAGAGUAGCCGUCAGUUGAUCAAACACCAGGUGAUGUGGAUCUACUUUCCUGCAGCCAAACACUGCUGGUCAGACACUCAGGGGAAUAAACAGGAUUACUUGUUAUAAUGGAAUAAAAAGUAUCAACUUAAAUAACUUGCAAUAUUAAACUUGCAUCACUUUGUGUUUGAUCUCACCUGCACAGACGGGUCUCUGCAAUAGCUUUUUAUUGAUAUAAUAACCGCUCGAGCAACUUGAUGGAUGUUGUUUUAUUCAGCAGGUCC